CGACCCCCUCCCCCUCCCAAAUCUCCGGCGGCGUGCCGACAGCUCCAUCACCACAUCUUUAUUCCUGUCGCACGGCCGUUGACCCACUCUUCACAACCUAAUUGCUCUCCAUUCUUCCUCGACGAUCAACCUAGGCCCCCGCUAGGUGAAUUUGGCCCCGAUUCGACACAAGAGACAUCGAGGAAGGCUGAGUUUACAGGGGGCAAAGCAGAACACAAAGAAGAGGAGAAGACGGGAGGUACUCUUGCCGCUUGAAGAUUAAUACUUCUUUUAUUGCCUCACUACUAUAAUCUCCCGGUAUAUCUUCCACCUCCGCCGCUUUACCUUCCGGUUCUCAUCACGGAUACGCCGCCGAGGAGUCUCAGAGCUUGUGGGGCGCCGCAGGAGGGAAGGUUUCAAAUUUGUUUUAUGCCCAAGGAUAUUUGAAGUUGUGCUUGUUAAGAACUAGGCUCUUGCAGCCUCUCUAUAUCCAAUUCUACUACUGAGUUCCUUGGCCCAAACAUUUUUGUGUCCAAGACUGUGGUAGAGACGGUCUCAUUCUUUUUACGGGAGAAUAUAUGACUUUAAAAUCUAUGAAGAACACCUUUUUAUGUCAGAAGGAGAAAUCAAAGUCAUCAGUAAAUUUUUUGGAUUUAUCCUCAAGCUCGAGUUCGCCAGUUGUCGAUGGUGUUUGUUUUGUUCCUACUUCAGAAGAUGAUCACCAUUUGUAUAAACGGAGGAGGACGGACCAGAAAUGUGAUUUUGUUCCGACAAAUGCAAAUGGAAAUAAGAGUAGGAGUACAAACAGAAAUGCGAUCAAGAGUACAACAGAUGGAAAUGCGAGGAAAAGUACAACCAGAAGUUCUGCAACUUUUGAAGAUAUUUCGCCCCCGGUCCAAAAAUUUGGGAAAGCACUUAUUGUUCCUUCAGAUGGAGAAGUUUUAAAAUCUGAAACAAGCAUUGUUGAAUAUACAAAAAAAUAUAAAGAUACCGCAGAAGCUUCUAAGAGAAGUUCUUGGAAAAACUCAUCGGUGUCACUUUCUACUGUGGAUGAUAGGAAGUCAAUAUCCAUAUCAAGCAGGCCAUCUUAUAUAAAGCACAAGAUAGAGGAUUCCAGGGAGUCUGAUACAGAAUCACUUAUGGAGUUAACAUCAAGGGAGGUUUGCAUAUCCUUGCUCGAAAGGGAUAUAGUUCUCAUCGAAAAAUCAGAGCUCAGCAGCACAUCAACUACAUUAACCCAUGAUGAUAAUGAAAGCAACACUUUAUUUGCAUGCAAGAGUUGUGGGUCUUUUGAAGAUCCAUGCCGCAUGUUAAUAUGUGAUCGUUGUGAAGAAGCAUUCCACUUGCUUUGCUGCCACCGUCGCAUCAAGAAAAUACCAGAUAAUGAUUGGUAUUGCCUGGAUUGUUCAAGGAAGAAACCUAAGAGGCAGCGUGAGAUGUUGUCGAGUACAAAAGGAUCAGCCAAGCAUAUUCAAAGACCUCUCCAAGUUCUUGGCUCAAAAGGAGAUAUGUUGACGAAUGCUGAACCAUAUGAAACUCAAGUAAGGAUUGGUAGAGACUUCCAAGCAGAAGUUCCAGAAUGGUCCGGUCCAAUUUCUGGCAGUGAUGACUAUUUUGUUGAACCUGCUGAACUUGAUGCCACUGAAAUGCCAAAUCUGAGUUUGCAGUUGUCACUAAGGCGUGAGGACAAGAAAACCAGCAUUGGUAACUGGAUUCAGUGCCAAGAAGUCUUGGACACAGGUGCUAUUUGCGGCAAGUGGCGGAGGGCACCACUUUUUGUUGUUCAGUCGAGCGAUUGGGAUUGUUCAUGUUCAGUUCUUUGGGAUCCAAUUCGUGCUGAUUGUGCUGUUCCGCAGGAAUUGGGUACCGCUGAAGUGCUUCAGCAACUGAAGUACAUAAAUAAGCUGAAGCUGCGUCUGGACAGUUGUAAGAAGAAACGCUGAAAGCUCUACAACCGCCAGAAGAUUUUGUCGGCAAAGAAACCUGCAGAGAGGGAAAUCGCCGCACCAGUCCCAGCCCCAGUCCCUCCUUCGCUGUACCGCUGAUGGUUGAAUCUCUAGCUCAGUUAUCCCCAGUUGGCCUUGGAAUGAGGAGAGGUUCUGUGGUGUCGCCUCCGAACAUCUAGUUCUUCCUCCCAGCAAUGUCUCCUUGCUUUGAAGCAAAUGAUCUUGCUGGUCGAGCAUUAGAAGCGAGAUUUUUUUUCUGUUCUUUUAGUGAGAUGUAGAACUUGAAGGCUCCGUGACCGUCAGGCGAGUCUAGAGCCUUUGUCGCCUGGAGUGAAAUCGUGAUGGAAUUUGUGUUUGACCCUGAACAGCAGGGGAGCCCCUGUCGAGUUUAUUGAUGCACUGAUUGAAUGGAAGAAUCAUUAUGCAUCA